UAGAAUCUAUCAUGUCUUUAUUGAAAGUAGAUUUGCCGUUGGCUAAGGAGAGAGAAACAGGCGAUAAUGUGUAUGUGAUAAGAACGUGAAACAUCGAAGAAAAAAUAACUUUUAAAUUACUUGAUCGAUAGUACAAGGCUGUCUUUAACGACGAUAUUAAUUCGUAUAAUUAAUAAUCAUUAAAAUUUACAAUGUUAACAGGAGUGAUUAACGGUACGCAGUUAUGUUGCGAGGACGACAACUUUACUAUCGGACAUGUGGUCGAGGACGACGUUAUACGAAGCCGUGCAAUGUCUUUAAUAUGGACUUCUUAUGGUAUUAUAGUUCCAAUUAUAUUGACCAUUGGUAUUUUCGGUAAUAUGGCAAUCCUUAUCGUGCUGUCUUCCCCGGUGUUUCGCGGAAUUGCAUACUUAUAUCUCAGCGGACUUGCUCUGGCUCACAUCGGUGUUGCAUUAUCUUGGAUAACAAUCACUAUAAGAUUGGGCUAUGGUAUGAAUAAUAAUUAUUUGCCAGCUUUUUAUUAUGCUCAUAUUGAGCUCGUUGUUCUGAACGCCUUUUCGGCUGCCAGUGUUUUCAUCAUGGUCUGUUUAAUCGUGGAUCGAUACAUUUUUGUAUUUUUUCCGGCACGCAUUCGCACCGGAAGCACGCGUAAAAAUGUCAACUCCUUCAUAGUGUCUUCGUUUAUCGCCGGUUUCCUGGUAAGUGGUCCGUUAUCAGUUAUGAGAAUUCUUCAUACAGAGCAGGAUGGAUCUGGUAUCACUUUCACUUUACGCGAAAACGUGCUCAUCACGCAGAACAAGCUAUGGACAAUGUAUAUUUGGAUAAUGCAAAUUAUAGUGCGAAUUUGUCCCUCGAUCCUAUUUAUCAUACUGAAUAGUUUGGUGAUUAAGAGGUUUGUGCAAUUAAAUAGGCAAAAUCGGCAAUUCCACGCUGCCACGGACAAGUUGCGCGCUAAUAACGCGCCUGAUACGUCGUUAUUGUCUCGCAAUCGAGGAUAUAAAGAGGAACAACAUUUGGCGAUACUGACGACUACAAUGAUUUUGUGCUUCUUUGUCACGACAAUUCCGUCAGGUCUCACACCGAUAUUACAUACUAAUCGUCAUCCGCUCGAUCUUGAUUAUCAAACUUAUCGAGUGUGCUCAGCAAUCGUCGAACUCAGCAAUUAUGCUGUUUAUAUUCUUAUAUAUCUCAUUUGCAGUACAGAAUUUCGAAGAGAAUUACUGCGAUUUCUACAAGGAAAAUGUAAUGAAAAUACGAGGCAAGAUAUUGAUCAACCGAUAGGUGAGAUCGAAGAUUACAGCCGACACGGCACUACCGUUCGAUUAACACCAGAACACACAAAAUUAAAUUCUCCCGAGUCUCCAACUAAAGAAGGAACUAAAAUGGAGGAAGAAGACUUGCAAGCGUCUUCAGACGCUGCUACUUUUAUGUUAGAGAAUCGCGUUAUUGCAUAAUUAUAUGUAUAUGUAUAAUUUUGCGUGUUAGGAUCAAAAAGGACUAUUAUAUGUUUGUACUUACACAAAUCGUAUUAUAUACAUUUAUAAUACAUCCGUAAUGGGAACUAUGUGUGACGAUAAUCUUCAAUUAAUGUAAUGAACAAUUAAUUUUAACUGUAUUUCAAAUGUGUGAUGUGUCGAAAAUUUCGAUCAUCGAUAAAAUUAUCGAUUAUCGAAUAAAUUCAAAAAUUGAACUUAA